AGCCCCCUCGUUUCCUGCUGCUGGCGGAGGCCGAGGGAGAAGGUGGCGGUGGAGGCGGUGAGGGAAAGAAAAGUGCCCCGGAGCCGGAGAAGCGGUCGCCUGCCUCCACCCACCCCAGGCUCGUCCCCGAAGGAAGCCGCCGCCGCCACCCCUUCUUCUUCCUUGCGCCCCGCUGCCUCCCCGCUCUCCGGGCCCCCAUUUUUUUUUCUCCCUCUCCGCCUCCCCACCUACCUACCCACCCAAGUUUCCCCUCCGCAGGACUUCCCUGCCUCCCACCCAGGACAAUAAAGAGCGGGAGAUGUCCUCCUCCGGUGGCCACCAGCAAAGCCAGAGCCGCGCCAUCCCCACCAGGACGGUGCCCAUCAGCGACUCCUCGCAGCUACCUCAUGACUAUUGCACCACGCCCGGGGGGACCCUCUUCUCCACCACGCCCGGAGGUACCAGAAUCAUCUACGACCGCAAGUUUCUGUUAGAUCGGCGCAAUUCUCCCAUGGCUCAAACCCCUCCUUGCCACCUUCCCAAUAUCCCAGGAGUUACCAGUCCUGGUUCUGUGACAGAAGAUUCCAAAGUGGAAGUAAACAAUCUGAACAAUCACGAUGGGAAGCCUAUAAUUGGUGAUGAUGCUCAAUUUGAGAUGGACAUCUGAUUUUCCCUGAGGGUAACCAUGGAGAGACAGCAAUUCCUGAUCACCUGUGUACAUCUGAUUUUGACCAUCAGGUUCAAUAACUCGAAGGAUGAAAGAAGAAGAAGAAGAAAAAGAAGAAGCUGCUGUUUUCACAGAAUUUUCACUUCAGCUUUUGAAGUGCCAAAGGAUAAGAGGACUCUCCUUGAUUUCCAUUAACCAUACCAUGCUUCCUACCCAUCCCCCGCUCCUCUGCUUGCCUUACUCACUCCCUAUGACUGACUUGGAGCCCAUGAUAAAUUUAUUCAGCUAAGGAGUGUCCCUUGGCUUCUCGCACUUUAGAGACAACUGUUCAAAACAUGCACAUGCGAGAAUUUAACUUCUAUCAACAAUUGGAUAUUUAUUGCAAAACACAUAAGGGGCAUGGAAAGGGUGGAUAUAUGUUUGAAGUGACAUGACACUGCCAUUGUUCUCCUUUCCCUUAACUGCUGUUAAAUUGAUGUCAAUUUAUUAACUGGUUCCUAUGUUAUAUCUCCUUUGACGUGCAGAAUGCACUCUCUUUGAUAUUUCUAAAUCCUGUUGCUCAACUUGUCUUUUUUAGUUAAAUAUACCGUUUCAUGUGGGCGCUGCUGUGAGAUUUUCCUAAAAGAGUAUUAUUGGAGUUCUUUUCUGCUUCCCCUGAAAAUUUCUUUUUUAAAAAAACAGAUAAAUAAUUUAGAAUCA